AGCUUUAAAUUAAGCUUUUCCCCUUAGCCAGCCUGGUUAUAAAAACUGUAUAAAUAGCCUGUAAUAAAAUCUGACUAAGGUGCAUCUGUCCAUAGGUUAGAACAGUUAGAAUAAAGAUGAUGCAAAACACUCUAUAGUUAAUUUACGUUAAAUAGAUAGUUAACCAAAAAUUCAAAUUCUUUACUCACUGUCAUGUUUGACCAUUUUCCUUUGCAGCACCCAAAAGAAGAUAUUUUAAAGAAAGUGGGUAACCUAGGGGAUGACUUGAAUAGCAUGGGAGUGAAUGGUGACAAUUUCAUUUUUGGGGUGUACUAUCCCUUUAAAUAAUAAAAUGUAUAAAUGUAUCUAUAAAUGUUUGCCAUUUGCGCGAGUUUACAAAUAACGUGAUUCAAAUAAGGUUAUGGUGGCGAUACCUUAAUAAAUCUGGUAAUGUCAUUGCUAAAAAAGGCUACUUGUGUAAACGUAGGGAGAGAAAUAAGAGAAGCUCGCUUUUAUCAGCCCAGUGCAGGUUUGUUGGGAUUUGUAUUAACGUGAGUUACUAUAACAACAGUCUGCCACCAGGUUACUGAUACCGUCAGCGCGCAGCCAAACUUCCUGUUCAUGUUCACCUUCACGCCGUGCGUAACCUUACUCCAUAAGCGAUACAAUAAGUUGUAUUUUGUAUUGAUUACUGUAGACAGUAGCGUUGAAUAAAACACGAGCGUUUCAAUUUUGUCGCGCUCAGUGUACAGUGUCGACAGGGCACUGGAGGUCACUUCCUGAUUUACUGACAGUCGGCAGUAUGUCCUAACACUUUCAAACAACCUCAGCUCAUCUUCCUCUCUUUAAAUUACAUCGUUUUACGUGAUCAACCAGCUACGCUGUCGCUACAGGUGGAAUCAACGAUAGUUUUCCCACUUUCUUUGAGAGACGAGGUUCCACUUGACGCAGGUGAAUUCAUCGAUGCGUUUGUACUCCUUUCUGCCCGUUUCUAUCGGUGUGGAUAUUUUAAAAUGGCGGUGGCAGCAUCAGAACAGGGUCGGGACUAGUGAUAGGCAUGAAGUGAUGGACACUAUACACCUGCAGCAAGAACAUGGCAGAAGCAGUGCAACACACGACCAAUGAAAACGACACAAACUGGCAACACAAUGACGGUUCUCAAGUGUCUUCAUUCAGUGACUCAAGAUUCGAUCAGUGUUUACAGAAUACCUCCAAGCCUCUCAACCAAAAUAAUCUCAACCAUCACAUGCACUCAGAAUCUCAGCCACAACAUCUCAACCUCAAACCCUUUAAUGGCCAAUGUGAUGAAGACUGCAGUAGUUUGGCCUCUCAGGAUUCUGGUAUCCCCACACUUGAGGUCAACCCACCGGAGCACGUCCAUGCACGAGUCACCACUGCUCAGAUGUUGUUUCCGCCUCUCCAUGAUGAUAAUCCAGCUACACUAAAUUUGGAUGCAUCAGACAAUUCCAUACUCAAAUCCUCCACCUUCCCCCGCUGCGACUUCGACUCUGUACGGCUAUAUAGCUCUGGUGGUCUCGGCGGUGCGACGGGCAGGAGUGCUUUGAACCGCAGUGAUGAUAUUUCUGUGGGCAGCGUGUCCAGUUUGAGCACUGAGUUUUCUGCUACGUUGUCAGUCAGUAAUGAGGACUUUUUAGACUUCAUGGUAACAUCCGAGUCCAGUGCUGUUGUUACAUUUGAGAAUGAAGAUCACGUGCAUCGUUGUAACAACUCGGUCUUACCCAAUAAUGAUCUAUCUGUAAGCAGCCCACAAAGACAACCUGGGGGUUUGUCAACAUCACAUGAAGGCAGGGAGAAAAAACUGGGGCCGCUUGCCAGCUUCUUCCACAGGAGUCUUUUUACUAAGAGGAUGAAGGACACUGCUGCACUUGAAGGUCAAAGAGAGCCUGGAUGGAAGCUGUUUGGCAAAGUUCCACUUAAAGAAGGUCCACCCAAAGACUCCAGGAGAAUACAAAAGGAAUAUGAAAGGAGUGGAGAAACAGGCAAUUCCACGUCUCCUCAGAAGAAUGUAAGAAGGAACCUGGACUUUGUGCCACUUUCAACCACAGCGCUUAUACUGGAGAACCGGCCAGCGAAUCUUCCAGCAAAGCCUGAAGAGGAGGCCCAGAAACACAGACAAGAAUAUGAGGAGAUGGUGGCACAGGCCAAGAAGAGAGAACUGAAAGAAGCCCAGAAGCGGAAGAAACAGCUGGAUGACAGGUGUAAACUAGAGGACAGCAUUGGCAAUGCUGCUCUCACCUGGAGUCAGGAGAUACUACCCAACUGGCAAAGCAUGUGUUCAUUGAGGCGGGUGAGGGAUUUGUGGUGGCAAGGUCUUCCGCCAAGUGUAAGGGGCAGAGUCUGGAGUCUGGCUAUAGGCAAUGAGCUGAACAUCACAGAUGAGCUGUAUACCAUAUGUUUAGCAAGAGCCAAAGAGAAGUGGAAUGCCUUUCUAUCUCCAACAGCUACUGCAGAAACAGAGACUGAAGAUGUAGGUUUGUCUAAUGCUGACCGGGAGGACAGUCUAGAACUGAUAAAGUUAGACAUUUCCAGAACUUUUCCAAAUCUUUGUAUAUUCCAACAGGGUGGCCCAUACCAUGAUGUAUUGCACAGCAUUCUUGGAGCUUACACUUGCUAUCGUCCCGAUGUGGGAUAUGUACAGGGAAUGUCUUUUAUUGCAGCAGUGUUGAUUCUCAACAUGGACACAGCGUAUGCCUUUAUUGCUUUAGCAAAUUUGUUGAACAAGCCUUGUCAAAUGGCUUUCUAUCGAGUGGACCACAGCCUUAUGUUGACAUACUUUGCAGCAUUUGAAGUGUUCUUCGAAGAAAAUCUACCAAAGCUAUUUACACAUUUUAAGAAUAACAACCUGUCCUCUGAUAUUUAUUUAAUUGACUGGAUCUUUACCUUGUACAGUAAAUCCCUUCCACUGGACAUUGCGUGUCGUGUAUGGGACGUCUUCUGUCGAGAUGGUGAGGAGUUUCUCUUCCGUACUGCACUGGGUAUCCUGCGUCUUUAUGUGGACAUUCUCACACGCAUGGACUUUAUCCACAUCGCUCAGUUUCUGACACGUCUGCCUGACUACAUCUCUACUGAGGAGCUCUUCUCCAGCAUAACCAACAUCAACAUGAACUGCAAGAACAAGAAAUGGGCACAAGUUCUUCAGACUUUGCAAAAAGGGCAAGAUCGGGCCAGUCCACUACUGAAACGCUAAUACAAAGAGGAAAUGACUCCUGUAUACCUCAUCGAAGACUAUGGAAUUGCAGUGGUCUCAUCUAUGUCUCCUGUUCUGUUCCGUACAAACUGUUUCUUGGAUAUAAACUGAGCACAUGGGACAGGAACAAAAGCAACAUGUCUGUGAUUUGGGGUUGCUGAGGUAAACAGGUCUGUACUGAGGAAUGUUCUCUGUUUAAUGUGUUUUUUCACCCUUUCCAUUUUGCUUCUCUUUUAUUCAAAUGUUUCAUUCCACUUAAAACGGUGUUUCAAUUUAAGCAAUACAGGUGUAUAUUUUCGCCGUGGGUUUACUUAGAAUGUUGUUUUAUUUAUUGUUUUUUUCAUGUUUUGAUGUUCGUUAAACAAAUUAAUUGACAUGAAGAUUCCUGACCAUCGUGCAGAAUUCUUUCUAAACUCAGUCAAAGCGUUGAAUGUCAGUGAAUCCCACCAUUGCUUCUAAAAUGUUUGCACCCUUUUGAAGAACUUAAGGUGUUUGUGUCGUUGUGCUAUUGUUACAGGAUUCUCUUUUUCUCCAUUUCUUUAUAUGAAUACUGUAUAUUGUGACACUUAAAACCAAACACGCUGGAGUAAUGAUAUUAAAUGGGCUUUGGUGUGGCCGUUACUGUAGUCUGAAAUACACAAAUUAUGUGACAGAAUGUGGCUUUUACAUUUUGAUGAAAUUUGGCUUAUGCAGUGGUCUAAGUGUUGAAAAGAGGGUAGAUGAAAGAUUACGGUGAAGAACCUUUCAGGAGGUGUUUGUGGUUUUUAGUGGUUGGUGGAGGCUCAUCUCAAUUAUGCUUGACACCUCACUGUGUCUGAUGACAUAGAAAUGAGCUUAGCUACACUUUGCAGUGACUUCUUGACUUUAAUUACUACAUUAUGCGGGGAUUAAAAAUAUCUGAAAACUGUAUGAAAUUUGAUCUGAAAGAUUUGCACAAAUUCCAUGUUAUUUAACUUCACAAACUGUCGUGUUGUUUUUUUAUAUUUGUUUUGUAUGUAAAUACCAUGCACUAAUGCGGCCUAAUUUAUGAUACCAUAAUUUAACAGCAAUAACUCAUCUCCUUUUCACUCAUCAUUUAGUUAAAAUCUUUGUGAUCAUCAGUUGGUUCUGACAGCAUCUUAUUGAACCUACAAAGGCUUUAUUAUAUUCAUUGGCGUGUAUAGUGCCAGUGAUGGAAUAUAAAUUCCUGUGUAUGGUCAUUUCUUGUUUGUAUGUGUGUCUAAACAAACUAUGAGGGCACUGCUAAGUAAAUAAUGGAAAAAUGUGUCAACCUGCAGACGCUGUUUUGUUGAUGUUCUUAAGAUAAUUUCAAUAUGUGGUGAGAUUUUAAUGCUUUAUUGUUAUCACUGUGAUCGAAGGAAUAGCUGUCCUUACCACCACAUUAUUUGGGGGUUUAAACCUCACUGCUGCAAUAAGCUGCUUUGCACGUGUUUUCUUUUUCACACUCGCAGCCUCUUCUUUUCUGUGCUCUGUUUUUUGUUAGUAUAUAGGAAGCCCAGUCCAGGAAUCUAUAAUGUUGGCUGUUACAUUGUCCACUUGAAUUUUUAGUACCUUAAUAGAUCCCACCUUAAAAUAAUUUAAAGAGUCUGUCACUAAAGUACUUAUUGUUUAUUUAUUAUGCUUUCUUUGUAUUUCCUUAAAGUUUUAAAUUGUCCUGUGCUAUAAAAAACAGCUAGUUCUUUCCAAUAACUUAAUAUAACCAAAAUAUAAUAUAACCAUAAUGGAUCUUCUGAAUAUUUAUUGGUGCAUUUGGAUGCUUUUUUGCAGUCCAGUCUACAACAAAAAGAAACAAAGUCAAUCUUAUUAGUAAAUGCUAAGCGGACUUAUGUGUACAAUCUGAAUCUACAUUGUGUUGAACUUUGUUGUGCUGAAAUCUUCCCAACAUAAAUGGCCAUUAAUUUAAUUGGCUGUCUGGAUAAUCAUAUACUGUUGGUCAUAUGACAGUGGAGUCCAUAAAUGUGGGAAUCAUGUAAAAUAGUGCAUUCUUGUUCAUUUGUUUGUGUGAUGAAGUGGAAGAAGGAAACUGAUUAAGGCAGUGGGGUGUCUAUGCUCAGUUAAGGGUGAUACAAUGUUUUUCAUUCAUCUAUAUGUGCUCUGUAUACAGUAAAUAUGACAGAUCAACUGCACAUGCAAUCUUGCACCUAAACCUUUCAUAUUGAGUAGGCAUUGACGCAACUUGCUCGGUUAACAUCGUCCUUACUUUUGGACGAUGGGCUGAUGGGUGACAGGAGAGGUUUAAGCAAAAACAUCCAAAAAUUCAUGUACAAUCACAACGUUCUCUGCUCUCAUUUGUUGUGUUUUCUGUACUUGUUGUAUUGUUAGAACAUGCUGCCUUUGUGUUUGUUGUCAAUAUCAAUGACUACUGAUAAAAUAAAUGAAAAUGAUAAAUACUUGUAUUGUAUUGUAAUUCUAUUAAAUGUUUAUGGUACUUUAUCUCAUCAUUUCAUUACACGUAGGCUAAUAUUGAGAAUUAGUUUUAAUUGGUUUUUACUUUAUGGUAAGAUAAACAGGUCAUAAGGAUGAUGAUGACUAACCACCAAAGAAAUGUUUCCUGUGUCUUUUUUUCUAUUGGUUUCGAUCACAGUGGAACAUUCUCUCACCUCUAACCUGCCCCUUACCCAAACCACACUCGCCCCUCCCCUUCUACCUUUAAAAAGCAUAGUUCUGUUUGCAGCACAUUAUACUGUUCAUAUUAACAACAUCUCGAGAAGCAAAUCUGCAACUAUGCGUCACUGUUAUACUUUUCUUCUUGUUGGACUUCUGGUCGUCACAUGGAUCCAGUCUGGUGUAAUGGCCAAUAAUGCCAAACUACCAGUUGAAUGCUGCUUUCAGUUUUAUGAAAGAAAAAUCCUGUUCGUAAAAAUCAGAUCCUACGAAAGGACGGCAAUUGAAUGUACCACGGCUGGAGUCAU